GGGAACAGAAAACUAAGAAAAAGAGAAAUUCUGGAUAUCCAAGUUGUACGAAGAUCGGAAAAACUGAAGUGGCUGUGUGAAACCAGGUCCACAAAAGAAUCAGUAGAGCUUGAAGGGCAGUUAAGAGGACAGUGUGGAAAGAUACAACAUGUCCUUGGUCCGAUAGUGAUGUUGACUUCUGGAUUAAAGUCCACAAUGACACUGUAAAAAAGAUGCAGCUCCACCAGGACCUUUCUUAAUGUAGGCUUCUUAGGUAGGUUAAGCAUAUUAGCAAAGAGAUAGUGAGGAUUGUUGACCUUUGCUGCCAAAAGUGAUAUAUUAUAAAGUGUUAUAUUAUAAAGCUGCCAGGACUGGAUUUGUCUUCCUUUCAAGCAAUUGUACAUGACUGCUGUUUCACAGUUAAGCAAGAGGUGGCCAUUUCAGUCUUUGAAAAAAUGCAAGUACAAGAGAUUCUAAGGAAUUUACGCCUUCCAGAAUUUGAAGACUUCAGUCAGUUUUUCCGAAGCCUGCCAGCUUCUACUUUGGUGGGCAUUGGUGCCUUUGCAGCUAUUAUUGCAUAUUGGCUUGUCAAUCGUCCCAAAGCGGUAAAACCACCAUGUGAUCUCCUAAAGCAAUCAGAAGAAAUUGAGGGCAGGAAUAGUGCACGGAGAUCUGUAAUUGGUGACAACGCCCAUUUGCUAACUCAUUACUAUGAUGAUGCAAGGACUAUGUAUGAAGUUUUUAGAAGGGGUUUUAAUAUAUCUGAAAAUGGUCCCUGCUUAGGAUUUAGGAAAUCUAAUCAGCCUUAUCAAUGGUUAUCCUAUAAAGAGGUUGCUGAAAGAGCAGAAGCAUUGGGAUCAGGCUUACUCCAAAAGGGAUGCAAAUCAUCACCAAACCAAUUUAUUGGAGUCUUUGCCCAAAACCGUCCAGAGUGGAUCAUUUCUGAGCUGGCUUGCUAUACCUAUUCCAUGGUUGUGGUUCCCCUGUAUGAUACAUUAGGCCCUGGAUCCAUUCGUUAUAUUAUUAAUACAGCUGAUAUUUCUAUAGUAGUUUGUGAUAAACUUGAAAAAGCCAGAGUCCUGCUAGAACAUGUAGAAAGAAAACAAACACCAGGCUUGAAAUUAAUUAUUUUGAUGGACCCCUUUGAAAAGGACCUUAAAGAAAGAGGACAAAGAUGUGGAGUUCAAAUCCAGGCUAUGCUGGAAGUAGAGAACUGUGGUCGGGAAUUCUGGCAUGCUCCUGUACCUCCUCGCCCAGAAGAUCUAUCAAUUGUCUGCUUUACUAGUGGUACCACAGGUAACCCAAAAGGUGCUAUGCUGACUCAUGGAAAUGUGGUGGCUGAUUUUUCAGGUUUUUUGAAAGUGACAGAGAAAGUGAUCUUUCCGAGACAGGACGAUGUACUCAUCUCGUUCCUACCUUUGGCUCACAUGUUUGAGAGAGUGAUACAGUCUGUAGUGUAUUGUCAUGGGGGUCGAAUUGGCUUCUUCCAAGGGGAUAUUCGCUUGCUGUCCGAUGACAUGAAAGCUCUGCGUCCCACCAUAUUUCCUGUUGUACCAAGACUACUCAACAGGAUGUACGAUAAGAUUUUUAGUCAAGCAGACACUCCUGUGAAACGCUGGCUUCUUGAAUUUGCUGCUAAUCGUAAAAAAGCAGAAGUUCAAAGUGGAAUCGUUAGAAAUGACAGCAUAUGGGAUAUAUUAUUCUUUAACAAAAUACAGGCAAGCCUGGGUGGUUGUGUUAGGAUGAUUGUUACUGGAGCUGCUCCUGCUUCACCUACAGUUCUGGGUUUCCUUCGAGCGGCAUUAGGAUGUCAGGUUUAUGAAGGCUAUGGUCAAACAGAGUGUACAGCUGGGUGUACCUUCACCACUCCGGGAGAUUGGACAUCAGGCCACGUCGGAGCACCUCUGCCUUGUAAUUUAAUUAAACUGGUGGAUGUUGAAGAAUUGAAUUACUUUUCUUCCAAAGGAGAGGGAGAGAUCUGUGUCAAAGGUCCCAAUGUUUUCAAGGGCUACUUAAAAGAUAAAGAGAGAACAGCUGAAGCCUUGGACAAGGAUGGCUGGCUUCAUACAGGGGACGUUGGAAAAUGGCUGUCUAAUGGGACACUCAAAAUCAUCGAUCGAAAAAAACAUAUAUUUAAAUUGGCUCAGGGAGAAUACAUUGCACCAGAAAAAAUUGAAAAUAUCUACAUUCGUAGUGAACCUGUCUCCCAAAUAUAUGUGCACGGAGAUAGCUUACAGGCCUUUCUGGUGGGGAUUGUUGUACCAGAUGCUGAAGUCAUGCCAGGCUGGGCCAAGAAAAGGGGCUUUGAUGGAAGCUUUACAAAUCUUUGCAACAAUAAGGAACUGAAAGACGCUAUAAUGGAAGAUAUGGUGCAAUUAGGAAAAGAAAGCGGACUUCAUUCAUUUGAACAGGUUAAAGCAGUUUCCAUCCAUUCUGAAAUGUUCACAGUACAAAAUGGUUUGUUGACACCUACAUUAAAAGCCAGGCGACCAGAGCUGAGAGAAUACUUCAAGAAACAAAUAGAAGAACUUUAUUCAAGUAUCUCCAUCUGACAGCACAGGAAGGUUCUUCAGAAUAAUGUACUCUGUAGCAAUAUUAGGAUAAUUUUGAAAAUGUGAAGGAUGCAGUUGACAUGAAUAAGCAUCUGACUUUCCACAUGAGCCUUCUGCUGUCUGAAGACACGGUCACUGAGUAAUUCUUUGCCAUCUAGUUCUAGGUCCUAGAAGAUUGCAUAGCCCAUACUGGACAACCAUUAAACUUUUUAAAAGUUCCACUCCUUGAAAGUAUUUGACAGGACUUUCUUUAUUAAUGCGUACAAAACUCCCUUAGCAAACAGGAAAGAAAUCUGCUUUUUGUGUGACGCUCCUCUAAAUCUGGAUUCAGCUGUGUGAUCUGUAGGAUUUCCAGAUGUCUCUCUGGAUGGGUACUGCUAAGAACUCUUUAGAAGCAGGAGAUUCUUGCCCUGAUUCACAGGUAUACAUCAUGCACGCAUCUUCUUUUUAAGAGUUUGUCCUUCCAAGUACCACUGAGUGCAUAUGUAACCAAGAAUUCCUCAUUGCAACUGAGCUCUUAAAAUUCCAGGGAGAUAUCUGACAAAGGCUAGUAGUCUACCUCAAAUACUCUUUGACGCUCAAAGCCACAAUAAAUCUAUUAACCUGAUACAGAACUGAAAGCUGGAAUUGUGUAAUUGUUCUUUAAAUGGCAGCUGUUAUGCUCUGCAUACAAAAGUUGAAUUUGUUGGGGAUAGUCAAUUCACACACAGGAAUAACUUGUAUUUCAUAUGUAUUAAAUAUGCUGAACCUAGUGCCACAUGCUAGAUGAAUAGUAACUUGUGAUUGUCACUAUAGGGCCUCACACUUUCCAAAAUGGGCAAAACUUGUUUACUGGACACACUUUUGAAAGAUGUUGAUUGCUUUCUAUUUUGGCAGCUACCCAAUUGAAAUUUAUAAAAGGAAAUCUAAUUUUUGUGAACACGCUGUAUAACUUUCGUUUAUGCCUUCUACUCUAAAUAUUUUUCCCCACAUAUUUAACAGAAGAAUGGGGGAACUGAGUGCCUGUUUUCCCUUUGCAUUGCUUUAGAUUACACAACAGCAUCUUGAGCAGUUUCAUUUACGUAAAGAUUGCUGAGAUUGAGGACCUAAUAUUUAGCAAAUAUGGAAGGCCUCAGGAUUCUAGCCAUUGACAAGCUUUUUCAAGAGUUCUACAGAAACUAUUUUAAAAGAUAUAGAAAGGAUGUGGGGUUUCUAAGUCAAUUGGUGGGUCUCGAGUAACAGAUUUAAGGUAUUUUAAAGUAGAUUGUUCACUUCCAUCUUUGGCUGAAUGUACAGUACGUAAACUAGAAAAAGUGUAGUCCUAUAUUUGAGACUUCCUUUCUGUGUUCAGCAUGUGAACAAUUCACUUAAAUCAAUAUCAGAACUUCAGUGAAGAAAUUAACUGUUCUGGAGAAACUUAACAAGAAAAGGUUGCUUGACCCAUAUACUUCAGACAUUAGUUCUUCUGUGGAAAUUGAAAACUUAAUACUAUUGGGUUUGAUUUUACAGACUUGCAAGCAAAAUAAUUUACAAAUAUACUAAAUAAAAUCUGGGGCUGUAGAACUGUUAGUAUAAUCAGUUUUUAAGGCAAGUCUCAUUUUUAUUCUUUUUUAUGGUUUAUUCUAAAUUCAAAGUGCUAAAGUAAUGGUUGAAAUUGAGUUAAAUUUUGCUGGAAUAUUCAUACCUAAAAUUCAGUUGAUUUUUUUUAAUGGGACACAAUGAAUAAGUGGAAAAUGUAGGCAGGGCAUUUAUUCAUAUCUGUUCUAUAAUAAGAUACUCUUAAAAAGAAAUCUGCCCAUUUGUUGCAGUAGUCUUCUUGCAAAAAGUACCCUUUGUGUUUUCCAAUCCCUUCCCUUUCUCUUAUCUCCUAAUGAAAGAUUUUACUUUGUACUUCAGAAUUUGUUGUUCAGCUGUGUCCUCUAAACUGAUCAAUACAGACUGUGAAGAUUAAUAUGGCUUCUACAAAUUCUCCAAGUAUGUGUCACAGCCAUACCAGUUGGAGAUUAUGAGAGCUGGAGUUUAGCAUGCAGUAUGUUUAAGACAGGCUGGUAUAGUUUCUUCAAUCUACACUGCAAAAUGGCUAGUAGUUCCAUUAAUUUAGAUCCAAACCUAAAUUGUAAUUUUAUAAUAGAUAAAGGAGACUCAUAAUUUAGGUAUAUUCAUUGCAGGAAGACAUAUAAAUAUAUAUGUACUCUUUUUAACUAGAUUGCUAUGAUGCCUGGAGAUUUUAUUUUGAUGUUAAAUUCCCCAAAACUAAUAUUUUGAGAAAACUGGCAUACGGAUUAAGCUCUAUAUUAUUUUGAUUACAUAAAUUCAGCAUUGCCAGAAAUGUCUGACAUGACAUGUUUUACUUAGAAUUAUAAGUACAAUCUUAUAUAUUUAUUAAAGAUUUUCCGUUAUUUAAAACAGUAGUUAAGAAUAUGUUGGGUAUAAUCUAUCUGAAUAAAAUUUUGAUUUAAAUAAUAAAUUAAGCAACAUCUUAAAAUGUUCUUAUCAAGAGGAAAUUGUUUGCUUGAUUAUGCUUUUUUAUGCAAAGUAAUAUAUUUAUUUCAGAUGUAUAUCCUCUCCUCCCCCCAACAGUUAUUGGAACCAUUUUAAAGACAAUCUUAGAACAUCCUAACAAUCUAGUGAUUAAACUGUAUUCUGUUGCACUCAGGAUCACCUUUAAGGAACAUAUGUUUUUUAAAAAGGGCUGAGCUGUCUGAAACUAAUCAAGAAAAAGAACUUGGGCCUAAUGGAUAGCUUCAUAAAGAUGUCAAAUCACAAUUCCUCCUCUGAGAAAAAAGUGCUUUCAUGCUUGGGAUCAUUAACAGAGGCACUGAAAAUAAAUCUGGCAAUAAUGCAUACUGUAAUACCUUUUAACAAAUGCUAUGGUUAUAUCUACAUCUGAAAUACUAGAUUAUGGCUAUCCAACCUUUUGGUCUGCUUGGACCUCACUGAGUGAAAAGGAAUUGUUUUGGGCCACAUAAAGUAUAUAAUAUGGUUUAUGUAUAUAAAUCAUAUAAUAAAGUUAAAAAGCCGCAUUGCUAGCUAUCUAGGGCCACAUGUGGCCCAUGGGCUGUAGAUUGGACAGGUCUGCUAUGGGUGGUUCUGCUCACAUUUGACUUUUUUCAAAAUGUGAUCAAGAUCUGCUGGAAAAAAGUGCAGAAGAUAACCAAAAUUAUCGGAGGCUCAAACACUUUCCUUACAAGCAAAUAUUAGAACAUUGGAAAAUUUUAACUUAGGAAGAAGGAAUGAUUGCGGUGUACAAAAUCAUUCAUGGCAGGGAGAAUUGUUUUCUCUUUUUGUGUCAAGUCACUAAAACCAAGUCAUCCUUUGAAGUUGAUUGGAAGAAGAUUUCGAACAGAUAAAAGAAACCAAUUAUUCAUCUAAGCAAAUAAUUCACCUAAGGCAUUUAUUACUGCAAGAAACAGACUAAAUUGGAUUAAUGAUUUUAAAGAAGGGUUGGAUAUAUCCAUGGAGGACAAAUCUAUCAAGUGCUAUCAAUUCUGAAAGCUCAAAUGUUCCCUCUGGUCUCAGGGCAGCAUGUCUUCAAGGGGGAAAAGCAGGAGAUAGAUAUUUAUCUUCUGCUCGAGUACCUUAAGAAGUAUCACAUGCUGGACUAAGAUGGGCCUUGGCUGAAUCAGCAAGAUAUUCUCAUAGUUCUAUGUUAAGUGAAUGAUCAAAAGAUAAAAAUCCACUUUGAGUCAAAGCCUAUUCCUAGUCACUUCAUAAAUUAGAACACUGCAGUUUAGGGAGUUAUCACUACAGACUACUAUUAGUACAGCAUGAAGACUUUUUGCAACGGGGGGCUAAAUUUUCAAUAUUGUUUUUUGGUCAGGAUCUGCUGGAAAUGACAGUAACAUGAAAGUAAUUGAGAAGCAAGGAUAUUUUGAGGUAUAGGCUAGUGUAUAAAAUAGGUGCAUUAAACACAAGCUCUAAAGCACGAUCUGGAAGUGCUAAGGGUAUGGAAUCCACAAGUUGUCCAUUCUUACAGUAAGCAACAAUGCUGGUUUAUCCCUAGAUUUAGAAAAUAUUGAAUGUAGAUGCAGUGUAUACCUGUGACUGGCACAAGCGCUGAUUGUUUUAUUAAAACCCCUGAAGUGGAGCUCAAUCCUUGGUGACUAAGGGCCAUCUUGGCAACAACAAAAUGGUUUGCUAUUAUACUGAAGGAUUGGAUUUUUUAAAAAACUUUCCAGGCUAGCCUAGAGCCCUGAAGCCUGUUGGUGUUUGCCCACUCAUAUAUUAACUAGGUUCAAUUCUGACUUGCUUGAGACCAGCUAAGGUUGACUAGAUGUUGCCCCCUGUAGAAGCUGAAUGCUGCUUAUCAAUGUCUUUAUUCACCACUGUUACAUUUGGCUGCACAUAGCUGAUCUCAUAUAAAACCUUUCUACAUGCUGUUGAACUUAUCUCAGGUGGACAGCAGGUGCAUUGGAGAUUCCUAAGUGAUUUUGUCUGCUUACCUGGUCCAAUUUUUAAAAAUGGAAAUGUAGAAAAAAUAUCUAAGGGCCCUAAUCAAAAUAUCUAAUUAAAUAGCCAUAUGUUGCUUGAGCCAUUUGUGUUCAAGAAUACAUUUGCAUUCUGUUAAAUACCAGAUUUAUUUGAAUUGUGCUAUUUGUUAUCAACCAGUUUUAUUAAGCAUGUAUGACUAGUGUAACAGUACAACUGCUGUUGAAUCUCUUAGAAAAGUUAUAGUUAUUCCAGAUCAAAAUGUGGUGCCAACAAUAAUAUGAAUUUAAAAUGCUAUCACUAUGCUGUACAAUAUAUCACUAGAAGCAAUACUAAGGACAAAGGGACUAAGUUCAUCAGUCUGAAUUUAAAUACCAGUAAACUAAAAUUGGGUUCUUAGUGAUUAUGAAAUCCUGGUCACCAUAAAAGCAGCCAUUCUCCCUUCAAUGAAUCAUACGUGGAUGUUCAUUGCUUAAUAACUUAUGCAGUUGCAUAAGUAAAUUAUGUCUAGUAGAUAUUUGACUGACACACUAGAACAGGGGUAUCAAACUGGCGGCCCGUGGGCUGGAUACGUUAUGCACAGGACACACCCACCCCAGCUCCACAAAGGAAAAAAACGUUGCAAAACAUCAAGGGAUGGCAACGUGACGCCGCGGGUUUGACACCCUUGUACUAAAAACUGUAUCAGUGUAUUUGUUUGUGAUGUCAUCAGUUUGCAAUCCUGUUGAGGGAAGAACAUGCAGGAAUGAAUAAAAGAUGAGACUGAUCUCUCACAAGAAAAAUGGGCCAUUCCAGUUAAAAAAAUGUUGCAUAGUUUCUCAUUAUAAAUAUGCACUAUACUGCUAAAACAGCCUUUCCUCCAAAAUAUCAAUGAAGUUAUAUAAGUAAAAUUUAAUAUUUUGGAGGAAAUAAAAAAAACCUGAACUGAAACAUGAAUUUAUUUUAUAUGAAAGAGAAGCAGAAAAUCCUUUACAAAGGUUUUUAUGACACAUUGCUGGUAAGAAUAAUAAAAUCCCUUUUUAAAAAAAUAAUAAUUAUUAGUGCAUAUAUCAGAAAAUGACCAGUUUUCUUGGAAUGAAUGAAAUCAACUUGAAAAAAUAAUCUUUGGUGUUCAAUGUGUGGAAAGCACAAACUAAGUGAUCUAUAUGUAAAUAAACUUAUAUGAAAUGAAUGUAAAUUUUAGAAGAAUAUAACUAUUUUUGCAUGAAAUCGAGGAAUUUAACAGAUGUGCUGAUGUCUCAUGGAAAAUAUUAUACAGAUAGCUCAUACUGUAGUUGCACAUUAGUUUGCUUCACAUUCCUCUCACACAGUUUUAAUUGAACUUGCACUAAAGGUAGAACUGUUGUUGCUCGGUAGAAUUUGCCUUAAGGCUACAUACCUCUAAAUGACAGUACGCCAGCGUGCUGCAUGUUCUAACUUCAAUUAAUGUGUCAUCCUUUAAUUUGGAACAGCUAACUAGUAGAAACAUCAUACUUUCCUUGAUGCCCUUUUACAAACCAAAAUAUCCUUUCAUUCGGAAGUAAACUUUUUGUCAUUUUGGUUGUGUUCAGUACUCGAGCAAGCAAACUUGUUGUAAAGCCUAAAGUUUAAAAAGUUAAUCUAAAUAUUUACUCCAACCUGCUAAGUACUUCAUGUACCACAGGAAAUCAAAUGAAACAAUAUGGUCAUUCCCCAAACUUAACCUUUUGUAGAUGUGGUGGCGCUAUGGUUCCCAGAAAUCUUCAGCUGUAAGCUGGAGAAUUCUAGGUGUUGAAUUCCUGACACAUCUAAAGGGAAUGAGGCUGCACUAGAGUUAUAUCAGUCCACACUAGAAAAAGUUGAAAAGUAUAACUCCUAGAUAGUUAUAACAAUUCCUAUUAAAAACAAACAGGUAAGCAAAUGCACCAAAUAGCCAAAAAAUUUUUUUUUAAAAAAAUCAAUGAAUAAUACUCAAGUCAAUACUGAAGGAAAAGAAUUCCUUCCUAAUGAUUAUUUCUGCAAGAGUGAGAGCAUUGAGCAUAUUCAUUCUAUUUUUCCUAAUUUGCUAGUCAGGUUAAGCAAAAUCGUAAAGCCGAAUAAUUAAAAGUAGUUUCUACCAAGAGGAAAGAAGACUUCAUUCCUUAAGUAAGCAUACUUAAUACUUAAUAUAGUUAACACCGCAUGAGCAUAUAUCUUGAUUUAUGCUCAUUUGCACAUUAAGGAUGCUGAAAAAAGUUCUGUUCACCUUUCUAACGUAAACCAAGGUAUUCAUUCCGGCUGUUACUCUUGAAGAAUUUUGCUUAACUAUUCUUUCCCCAAAUAAAUUGCUGCAUUUUGCUGUUCUAUUGAAGGCAAACAUAAAGUGCAAUUUUAAAAUAGGCAACUUCAAAACAGUUGCAAAAGUAUUUCUGAUUUUGUAGAAGCAGUUAAUUAAAUAAAGAAAAAAUCUCUGAAUAAAUCAGUUAGGAAACGAAUCGAAGGGAUUUGGGAUCUAGUGGCUUCCACAUUACUUCCACAAUUCUCCAUUUCAAUCUCUACUAACAGAAUUUCCACCUGUAAACAUGUCAUGUUCUUGAACAGUUCCACCGUUAGGGACUUCAGGGCUAAUCAUCUGUCCUUCCAUAAUAGCAUUUUUCUGUUAUGCGUGACGCAGCAGCUCUUCCAUUCUGUCCAAAGGAAUUGGAAUUUGGGAUUAGUCUAAACAUCCUGAAACCAAAUAAUGCAACUAUUAUGCUGGGGAACAACUUCAGGGCACCAUAAAAAUAUUAAUUUAUUUUUGUUGCAUUAUAUUCCAGUAGAAAUUCUAUCCCGUUUUACCAAGGUGUAUGUCCUACAGAACACAUUCUAGUUUACUUAUGAAUAGACACAGAGCUGUUAACAUUAUUAAAAUGUGAAAAUAAGAAGAGAUUAAACAAAUAGCAGCUUUAGUGUAUCCAAAUUUAAGAGAACAAAAUUAAUGCUGCCUUAGCAUGUUUAGAAAAGAGACAUUUCAGCACGUGCAAUUUUUAAUCUUGCGUGAGGAUCCGAAUCUACCAAAAUGACCUUCCUGAAAAACACUAAACAGCACAAGUCCUGUGCUCUUCUGCACUGAAUUAUACAACCUGUUUGUAAGCAAGAAAACCAGGAAAACAAAUAAUUCAUAAGUUAUUUUCCAGUUAUUUAUUUUCUGUGAGAUAACAGCACCUCACCAUACUUUUCUAUCAUGCAACAGGGCAACAUAUCUGCAUUGAAAUAAACUGCAAGUAAAUCAGCCGUUUACUUAUAUAUUAUUUAUCCUAUUUUCAACAAAAAGUGAAGAUCAAAAAUGUCAAUGAUCAAUUAAAAUAUCUGUAACUAAUUAUUUUUUGUUUCAAUUUUGGGAUAUCCGCAUGUACUAUACACUUAAAAUGCAAAGGGGAAGAUGCAGACUUUUAUUUUGUAAACAAAAAUGUCAAGUUUAUCA